CUCCAAUUUUCAGUGUUAUGGCAUGGGGAAUUCACUAUAUUGAAUCUUCGGCAACAUUUUUGAUCACAAAAUGAGAGAAGACGGUCUAAAUAUCUUACAUAUCUCGCCUCCUAACUCACCAGCCCAAGUUCUCAUGGCUGACAGUAUGGAUGUUAAUAGUGAAGUAACAGUUAAGACAUGUUCUCGAUGCAAGGAGUAUGAUGCAGUCCACACACUGCUGACAAUGGGACAGAGAUCACCCAAACACGUUGGGUCACAACUUCUGGAUCAAGUCUCCUGGCCACCAAUGGAAGCAAGUACAGUGCUGCCACCAUCACCCCCUUCCUCCCCACGAGAAGAUGAUGAAACCAAAAUAGGAAGGGAUUCUAAACUUGCUCAGUUACUGAUGGGUAAAACUGUUGUACCCCCAUCCGACUUGGCAGCAUCAAAAUUGGUGGACAUGACACCGCCACCAUCCGAAUGUGACAGCGUUGAAUCCAUGGAUCACUUGGACUGUCCGUCGGGAUCAGAGGAUACAUCACCGCCGACAACAAGUAUACCUGUCUCCGUCAUUGUGUCUCGGCCAUCAUCUCACACAUCAGGCAUUGUUCCUUUGACGAGCAUCGUGUCUCCAGCUGUCAGCGGGACGACGUUUCAUCCUCCCUCACAGAACAAGGACUCUAUUAUAACAACUUCAGCACAAGUUCCAUGCAAACUCGCACUGUCCCGGGAGCCUCGGGCUUCAAGGCUGAUUUCAAGCAGCCUGCCAUCUUCACCUGUUUCCAGGGCGUCCCCAGGGGUGCUAAGCCAGAGAGACAUGCAGAUCGCUACUGACAGUGACACAAGUAGAUGGUGUAUGACUCAACCUGUCAAAGUUCAGCCAGGUCCUGUUGCUAGUGUUCAAACACCUGGUCAACAAAGUCUGCCGCUUGUUUGUAUGAAUGGUGCAUUAUAUCCAGUUCAGCAGCCACAAAUACUACAGGUUUUUAUCAUGAACAGUUCACAAGCAAAUCAAAUUCAGUGUGGGAAUGUCGAUAAACUUUGUCCUAUUGCUCCAGCACCUGCGACGUCAAGUGACCACUCACCAGCAAAAUUAUCUGCCAGUGGCCAAGACACUAAACGGCGACGAAAAUACCUGUGUACUUUCAAAGACUGUGACAAAACAUACUUUAAAAGUUCUCAUUUAAAAGCUCACAUUCGCACACACACAGGUGAAAAGCCUUUUUUAUGUGAUUGGGAAAACUGUGACCGGAAAUUUGCCAGAUCAGAUGAACUAUCUCGACACAAGCGCACUCACACCGGUGAAAAGAAAUUCUGUUGUCAGGUUUGUGACAAAAAGUUCAUGCGAAGUGACCAUUUAGCUAAACAUACAAAGCGUCACACUCAUGAAAAAUGGAUGCCACAGUGGCAAGUGGACUUGAACAGACAUAACAAUACUGCCGAGAUUGCAUUCAAACAUCAGCGGAUACUGCCUUAUCAGACCAUGGUUGUGCCUGCGGCAUCGCAAUAAACUUUAUAUCAGUGUAUAUUUUUAGUACAUAUAAUGGCAGUGAUUGAAACUCAUUUGACAGUUGAUAGAGAUACUGAUAGUGGUUCUCACCUCUACUGACUCUAGUCUUCAUUCCGACCUUUUAAACUACCCUGGAUUUCAGAUUGAAUCAGUUAAAAACAACAUCCUAUUCAGACAGUACCAUUUUAUGUAAAAUUUCAUGAUAUACAUUGUAUGUAGUAGAUGAUUCAGUGGGUUUCAUUAUCAUUUUCAUUUAUGUGACUGAUUGUUCAGUGUUCAGUGUUAUAUUGUUACAUGUCAUAUUAUUUCUGAUCGUGUUGUGGUGAGCUCGAAAAUUCAAAGUACUGAAACUAGUAAUAACCCUGAAAUCAAAUUUGUGUUUGAAUAAGAUCAUGGGCAAGGUCAGAUUUGUACAGUCAUUGGUAAUUAUGAUGUAUUUGAUUGUGCAAACAUUUAUAGAAUAAUGAGAUGCAAUCAAUUUUUUAGAUCAUGAAUUUGUGCCUGUCCAUGUUAGUUCCUCACUGUAUCAAAGUGGGGACUUUUUUCGCAUGAUUUCUUGAUGUCAAGAUCAAGAUGGAAAUUUUGAAAAAUAUUUUUAAUUCGUAAACAAUACAUAGCUUUUGAAUGAUGUGAUGUCACAUAUACAUGUAUGUGUUAAUUUUCUCAAGUUCAAAGGUAAAAUAUCUUAAAAUAAUAAUCAGGGUUUUUCAUUGCCAUUAUUAUCAUGGCCUAUUUUGUACUGCUCUCAUUGUACAUUGGAUUUAUUAUGUGAUAUUUAUUUGUAAAAAAAGAAAACAUUGCCUAUGAAAACCAGAAUAAUCAAGAAGAACAAUAUUGUA